UUACGCAUCAAGACGGAAGAUCAUCUGCUCCUACAAUUUGAUUUGACGAACAUCCCGGGUCACGAUACGUCUGGCAGCCCGCUUAUAAAAGCAGCAGGAAAUUUGCCCAACAGGCAACCAAACGCAACGCGUCCUGUAGAAGAGCUCGCUCCCAAAAGCCUCAACCUCACGGCACCAGUGCUUUACAAACAUGGAGAGGUCAUUUAGGUUUGUUGUGGUCUGCGUUGGAGUGUCACUGCUCAUCUCCUGUCACUCCGUCCAGGCCUGGUACAAGCAGUCCACCGGCCCCACUUACUACUCUGUGGGUCGCGCCUCCGGUUUGCUCUCUGGAAUCCGGAGGUCGCCUUAUGUGCGUAGGUCUGAAUCCCAAGAAACGAUGGACAGCGGAGAGACGACCAGUGCCAACGUUGUUCCGGAAACAGGCAGGCAGGUCUCCUUGCUCAAAAGUAUGGCUAUUUGCGUGAAGGAUAUCUCCCCAAACCUGAAGAGCUGCGAGCUGCUGCGGGACGGGAGCGGCACCUUCCAGUGCAAGGCGGAUGUCUUCCUCACCCUGGACUCGCUGGACUGCCUGUCCGCAUGAGUUCACAGUGUGCUCAUCUUGUACAGCAAAGGAGGGUCGAUGUCACCCAGUAUAGACUUGAAUGUUUGUUUUUAACUUACAUUUUAUUUAUUCUUUUUGUUUGGUAUGAAUCAUUUAAAGUCAUAGAUUUCACAAGUGUUCUCUACCAUGUCGUGCACUGACAUUAUGUGUGAAAGUUGAUUUCUGUAUAUCCGUUUUUAUUGUAUCGAAUAAAAAUGAACAUAUAUUUGGAACCUA